UAAGGUUAGGUUAGGUUACAAUUUAGUGAGUCUUGAUGAAAUUUUGAAUUUGAUUGAUUUUAUUUUACCAAAACAUUUACUUAUUUUUAUUCUUUCCCGUGCUGCGAAAAAAUAUCACUGUCUCCACUUGGAAUGUCAAAUCGCUGGUUGUAGUGUUAUAAUGCAGAAAGCCACUUCAAGAAACUGGUGAUCCGCCUUUCGGAUGUUUAUCCUCAGGUUCUUCAACACAGGAGCAAGCGAUCACAAUCGAUCAUGGUUUGCUAUCUAUCUCAGAAAGGCGGUGGUAGUCUGAUCUCUCACAAACCUUGUUUUUCUUCAAACGCAAAAUGUUUAUAUUAUGGAUGGGGAUCAACUGUCAGAGAAUAUAAUGCUGAAACUGGUGAUUUGGUGAGAGAAUUUCAACUAACUGACAUAGUCCCGAUCAUUCCGGACAAAAUAAUUGGACUUUCACUCUAUCCAGGGUCGAAAGAUGAGUUAGUUUCUGUAUCUGAGAAAGGUGAAUUGAUUGUUUGGAAUUUGAGUUCACAUCAAUCAAGUCGAUACACGAAAUUACUUUUGAAGAAGAAGACUGAUGUUGUAGUCCAUUUUGUGAUCGUUCCAAGCUGCACUGAUUAUUCUCGAUCAGAUAUUUUUCUGACAAUUACUGAUCCCUGCAGCAGAGGGAAGAAAAAAGCUUAUGUGGCGCAAUUUUGCGAAGAGUCUGGGCAAGCCUUAUGGACGACUUAUUUAGGAACAAAUUUUUCAACUAAAAGUAUACAUGUCGGAGGCACCAAAAAUAAUCAGUUUCUUGCUUCCAUACAGCAAGAGCGUCUUUCUGUAGUUGAUUGUAAAACAAAGCAGCAAGUAACUCAUUUGAUUGGGAGUGAAAGAUACUUCACUUGCGUUGUUUGCCAUCCCACCGAGCAGUGUAUUGCUACAGGAGACAAUACAGGGCGGAUAUUGUUGUGGCACAACAUCUUCAAAAGGUAUCCUGCGCAAUCGGUGUAUCAUUGGCACACUCUUCCUGUUGUAGAUGUGAUAUUUUCAGAAAAUGGGAGUCAUUUGUACAGUGGAGGAGGUGAACAUGUUUUAGUCAAGUGGAACGUCAGUGACUCUAACGUUAAACAUUUUUUGCCGCGUUUACCAGCUCCCAUCUCCCAUGUUUCAGUUUCUGCAGAGAACACUUUUCUCAGUGUUUCAACAGAUGACAAUGGCAUUCAUAUUUUGGAUUCCAAGUUUCAUCGUGUUUCAAUCAUUCAAGGCUUAUCUUGGAAUAUAUCUCCUGUGCCGGGUAUGUCAAUUUUUCCAGCAGGAUUGAAUUAUGACCCGCGAACUCAAUCUUUAGUUGUCAACGGGAGAUCUGGCCAUCUCCAGUUCUAUUCUCCACAACAUUUCAAACUGCUGUUUCAUUUAGACGUCACUAUGAUGAACGUAGUAAGUCAGCUGCGAGAUGAAGUCAUCUUCAAUCCAGAAGUCACAGCCGUAGCAUUCAGUUCUGAUGGCUUAUGGCUUGGCACAGUGCAACAGCAAUAUCAUUCAAAUGAUUGCUCUGACUGUACGCUAAGGUUUUGGAAUUAUGAUCUCGCCAAACAAGAGUACCUUUUGAACUCCUCCAUAGAAUUAGAAAAUUUUGGUCUCAUAAAGAAAAUAAGCUUUCAGCCUUUGACUUCAAAGACGUCUCCUUCCUACCUUGCAGCUACUCUCGGCACUGAUUGCAAGUUUCGAAUUUGGACUUUAGCUGAUGACAGCUCAAUUUACAAGGAAAAGCAAGCAUGGCAUUGUGAAAGUAUCGGAUAUUAUCAUGAUUUAUCCGCUCAAGACAUGAGUUUCUCAAGUGAUGGAUCAUUACUCGCUGUCGCUUUUGGACCCAGUCUCACACUGUGGGAUGUGGACACAAACAUCAUGAAAUCAAGUUUGACGUACUCAAAGGAUCAUCUAAGUCGUGUGGAAUUUGCUCACAAUGAAUGCAGCCAUUUAAUCAUAGGAACAACCGAGUCACUGCUGAUAGUCUGGGAUUUACUGUCGCUUUCUGUUCUUUGGAUGGUCCCUGUUAAGGUUUCUCUGUUGAUAACAGAUCCGUACUCCAAUCAUGCAACUGUUAUCACCAAAAGAAAUCACGUUUUUGUAUUUGAAGUGACGUCUUCGACACCAGUUUACUACCAAGAAGAUAUUUGUGAUAAAAAUGAAACUGUACUAUCAGCUCUACAUUUGCCUUAUUCAACUCAUGAGGCUUUGGAUAAGUCAACUCCUUCAUGGCUACUUCAUUCUCAGAUAUUUUUCCUGACAUCUGGAAAGAAAUUAUUUGCCAUUGAACGGUCAGGCGCGGAAUCAGACUCGAGCAACAUGCCGUCUAUCCCAGAAUCCUUCAACCUUCCGUUGACACCUUUCCAAGCCCUCGUUGCCACACUGAGUAAAUCUGAUGCCCAGAAAGCUCAACCUCUUCAUCAUGUACAGUUCGGCCAGCCGGCAGAAGCAGCUGUUCGCAAGUUUUUGAGUUUCCCAUGCCACACAAUGGCACCCGUCAGCACUUUAUGCAAUCCUUUGUUAAGGUCUUUCUUGAUUUACAAGGAGAGAAAAACAAAUUAAAGUAUGUUGAACACUGCACUCUCAACUUCACCUCCUGUAAUAAGGUUGCUCAUGAUUUGAUUCUUUACAAGUGUCUCUGUUGUUGUUGAGCCUAGAGUGUGUUUCUUUAUAGUAAGGCAGUUGUCUUAAUAUAAGUUGCAAUGAAGAAUUUCAAUGGUAUCAUCGAUCAUGUAAAAUAAUGUAACACGAAUACCCACAAAAGAGUAUUUUUGUUACAUUACUUAAUUUUUAGGAAA